GGAGAAGGCAGUACAUUGACCAUGAGUUAAUAAUAUAUUUUCAAGUAAUAAUAGGAUUUAUAAAAUGUUAAUAUUCUGCUAAUGAGAAUGUACACCCGCCAUCCAAACCUUAGGCAUUCACGACUUUUAUUUUGAAAGUCCGCCCAGGAAGCCCCGUCUGUUGUAGUUCUUCACGCCUGUGUGAAUCCUACAGCUCUGUGUUUAUAAAUCCAUCUGAGUGACAUCAGCAGGGAGAAGGUUUGGCCAGACUCCCGUUUCUCUGCAGGAUAAAAGCACGAGGAGCAGCCUGGAGGCUCUGUUCUCCUCCUGCAGGAGCUCCAUGCUGCUCGGCAUCUAACUGCCCAUCUCCUGCCCGAGGAACAGCGCCGGAUCCGGACAAAGGCUGAAGGAAGGGAAGGAGGCUGAGCGGCUCUCCUGCGUUAUGUUGGGCAACAGAAAGAAGGCAGCCUCGGGGGGGAGGGACGGGGCCGGGACGUCCGAGGCUAAGGCCAUCGACCCGCUGAGAAACCUGGGAGUGCAGGAAGAUGAAGAUGUGAAGCGGAUGAUGCAGGGCUCCAGCAUGAUAAAGGUCCGCUCGCCUCGCUGGCAGAAGCGUCGCACCCUGAAGCUGCUGGAGGACGGGGUCACUAUCUGGUGUCAGUCCCAUAAGACCACCAGCUGGGCCAAGGAGCAGCAGUCCUUCUCUGUGAUGGAGGUGGAGUGUGUUCGAGAGGGUGUCCAAUCAGAGACACUGCGGCAGAUGCUGGACUCAGGACAGGAGCAGCGGUGUUUGACGGUGGUCUUCAAGGGUCCCCGCAAAAGUCUGGAUCUGCUCUGCCAGAGCGUGGAGGAGGCCCAGCACUGGGCCCGCGGCAUGAGGACCCUGCAGGAGAGGGUGGAGAACAUGACCCAGAAGGAGAAGCUCAACCACUGGAUUCAUGCUUACCUGAGUCGGGCCGAUCACAACCACGAUGAUAAGAUGAGCUAUGAGGAAGUCCAGACACUGCUACAGAUGAUCAACAUCGACCUGAGCGACCAGUAUGCCCGCACUCUCUUCCAGAAGUGUGACAAGUCAGCGGACGGCCGUCUGGACCACGAGGAGAUCGAGGUGUUCUGCAGGGAGUUGUUGCGGAGGCCAGAGCUGGAUGCUGUGUUUAUCCGAUACUCUGCAAAUGGCUGCGUACUCUCCACUGUGGACCUGAGGGAUUUCCUGAAGGACCAGGGAGAAGACGCUUCAGUCACCCACGCCCAGAGCCUCAUCCUCACCUAUGAACUUAAUGCGUGGGCCCAGAAGAACCAGUUCAUGACUCCUAAUGGUUUCACCAUGUACAUGCUAUCCAAGGAGAACUGUGUGUUUGACCCCGAACAUGCCAGAGUUUACCAAGACAUGAGUCGGCCUCUGGCUCACUACUUCAUCUCCUCCUCCCACAACACCUAUCUCACCAAGGACCAGCUGACCGGGGACAGCAGCACAGAGCCAUACAUCCGUGCCCUGAAACAUGGCUGCCGCUGUGUGGAGCUGGACUGCUGGGAUGGAGAUAAAGGAGAGCCAGUCAUCUACCAUGGACACACUCUCACCUCCAAAGUGCCCUUUGUCGAGGUCAUUCGAACCAUCAAUGACUAUGCUUUCAAAGCGUCCCCCUACCCCCUGAUCCUCUCCCUGGAGAACCACUGCUCCGUGGAGCAGCAGACGGUGAUGGCCCGACACCUGAGAACCAUCCUGGGGGACAAACUGCUCACCAAGCCCCCCGAUGGUUUGGACCCUCACAAGCUGCCUUCUCCAGAGGAUCUUAAGGGUAAAAUCCUGGUGAAGGGGAAGAAGGAGCAGGUGGUGGGGGGGUGCUCGUCCAGCUCCUCAGACCUCAGCUGCUCAGACGAGGAGGCCAAACCCAGCAGCAAGAAGGAGGAGAAGAAGCCAGCAGUGUGUAAGCUGAGUCCUGAGCUGUCCGACCUGGUGGUGUACACCUGCAGUGUUCCCUUCAGGAGCUUCGAGCAGGCCGCCAGAUGCCCAGCCACCGACAUGUCCUCCUUCUCUGAGAGUGAAGCGCUUCGGCACGCAAAGGACUCAGGGAUGUACUUUGUGCGUCACAACAGCCACCAGCUCAGCAGGAUUUACCCAUCAGGCCAGCGCCUCCAGUCCUCCAACUACAACCCUCAGGAGAUGUGGAACGCAGGCUGUCAAAUUGUUGCUUUGAAUUUUCAGACCCCAUGUGAGCAGAUGGACCUGAAUCAGGGCCGCUUCCUGCAGAACAGUCAGUGUGGGUACAUGUUGAAGCCCCCCUUCAUGUGCCAGCCGGACACCAAAUUCAACCCGGAGAACGUUGGGGGGGGUCCAGGCCACAGACCUGUGCUGCUCACUUUCCGGGUCAUCUCGGCUCAGCAGCUGCCUAAACCAGACUGGGACAAACCCACCUCCAUCGUGGACCCUCAUGUGUGGGUGGAGGUUCAUGGUGUUCCCAUCGACAUCAACAAGAAGAAAACGCCUCAUGUGGACAACAAUGGUUUUAACCCCCGCUGGGACUGCACCUUCAACUUCACCAUCCACGCUCCUGACCUGGCUCUGGUCCGCUUCCUGGUGGAGGACCAUGACUACACCUCCAGCAACGACUUCCUGGGACAAUACACCCUGCCUUUCUCCAGUCUGCGUACAGGGUAUCGUCACGUCAGGCUGCGCAAAGUGGACGGUUCCAGCCUCUCGCCCUCCUCCCUCUUCGUCCAUCUGAAGGUGACCCCCUGUGAGAGCAGCCCCUCCAAAGCAUCAGCCAAGUCACCGGCCAAGGCUUCAGCCAAGAGACCCUAACCUGGUCUCUGCCAUGGAUGAAGCAGGAAGCCUGGACAUAUCUGCCAGGACCCAGACCAAAGAAACGCUGAGGUCCUGACUCUUUUACACUCGUGAAAAAAGAGAAUUGUGUCUCUUCAAACCCCUUUUCAAUGACAACCAGACAGCAGGAGUCUAAUCUGCUGCCUCCUGACCAAAGUUUGGUGCUAGAUUUUGUCCCUACAUACGACUCCGAGCUAACCUCAAACUUGUUAAGUUUUGUGCUUUCUGAAGGAACAACUUCUUUUGAAUUUAUUGUAUCUUAUUUAAGUAUUUUUUAAAUCAAAAUAGUCUAGAAAUGCCUGCUGUUAGUGACUCAAGAAUGACUGAAUUAUGAAGUAAUUUUCUACAAACAGUCCUCGGCUGUGACAUGUAGCAUGUGUUAUAUAUUCAAUGCACCUGUGGAACCCAGGUUAUAAUCUGCUGUCUACAGGCACUACAGUAACCUGUUCACUGUAAAUCUGUAUACAUUCAUCAAGAAGACCCUAUCCUAAUACAGCUGAUACUGGGUUCCAAUGUGAAAACAUAUGGCAACAUAUUUACUGAAUCAGGGUUAUUUGUUUGAAGAUGUUACUGUACCAUGAUGAAGAACAGUUCCAGCCUGUCCGACACGUGCUGUUCAAAUGAAGUUUUAAUCCCAUCCCAGUACUUUUAUAAUGUUGUGUUAAAGGGAAUACAUAUUUUUAAGGGAUAACGUUUUUAUGAAAUGUUUGAUUCACAGUGACUGUAUUUUAGCUCCACAAUCUACAUCAUGUUUUUAUCAGUGAAUGACCAAACUAUAUUAUUAAGUAGAAUAUAGAGUUGUUAUAUUAUAGAAUCUGCUCGGUUAUGCAAUAGUGAAAUGAUGAUGUGCACUAGAUAAAUCUGCUUCCUUAUGUUAGUGCGUUAGAUGAUAUAUAUAUAUAUAUAUAUAUAUAUAUAUAUAUAUGUAGAUGCUUCAUUGGGGCAAGAGUUGUCUUUGUGUACUCUGUGUUUAGCACCGUGCAGGGGUGGGGGAUUUCACUGUGACAUGAGACUUUAUUAAUGUAAGAGUUUGAAGAGAUGUUAGAUGUCAACUCAUCGACUGUGGAGACAGAGUUGUAUACAGUGCUGUAUACAACUUAAGGACGGGUGUUUUGUAGGAUUUGGUUUUAGAACAUUCAUAUUUUGUUUACACAUGAAAACAAACAACUAUGAACAUUUUAUAUUAAGAUAAUCUCACAGAUCAUUUAAUGAAUUGAUUGACUUUUUAUCAGGACAGGGAAUUAGCCUAAUUAAGACAUUCUCCAAGCAUGUGUGAAAUGCUUGCUCUACAUGGGGGAAAUAAUAAAAAUAUCUUUGUCAUCAUGAGAAGAAUACAAAAAAAUAGUUUUGUCAGAUGAAUCAUACCUGCUGAGACAUGACAUUGUCUUGUGGAAAUGGGCUCAAAUGUGACGUUUUAGAGCCAUUGCCAAUUGCCAACACAUUUUAAAUAACAUUUCUCCCUGUGUCCAACAAUAUUGCAAUUACUCACUUGAAUCAGGAGCUAACUUUUCCUAAAUAAAUGUAUUGUUAAGACAAUUUUUAGCUGUAGCAAUGAAAACACAAAUUGUAACUGUACAAUUCAAAGUAUUGACUUUGUUGUUAUUUUAUUUAUUGGAUUUUGAAGUAUUAUUAUUUGCUUUUGUCAUGUACCAGCUGUAAAUGAACCUGAUGUUAUUUAUCGAUACAGGUAAUAUAUUCACAAUGAUAGAAUAGAAAUGUAAUUCUGGAAAUGUUUGAACAAAAUGAAGAACCUCACAAUGCCACACAGUGUUAGAGUGACUGAGGUCCAGCUCUCCACCAAACUGACUUUUUUUACAGGGUAAAAAUAAAAGAAGUACAAGUUA